CACUCUCGCAGGUAACCUCCCCGCGCUCCCACCCGCACAAAAGCAGCACCCCCGGCAGCGGGGUGGAGCCGCAGCGCUGCGAGCCGAGCCUCUCGCAGGGCCAUGGGAACGUGAGCACACCGGAGGGACCUGGGCGACGAGCUGCGAGCCCUGCGCAGGUGGCAGAGGCGACAGCCAGCCCCCACCAUGGUGUCCAUGGGGCUCCAGCUGCUGGGCUACACCGUGGCCUUCCUGGGCUACAUCGGCACGCUGACAGCCACGCUGCUGCCCAGCUGGAAGACCAGCUCCUACAUCGGCUCCAGCAUCGUGACGGCCAUCAGCUUCACCAAGGGGCUGUGGAUGGAGUGCGCCACGUACAGCACGGGCAUCACCCAGUGCGACAUCUACAGCUCCCUGCUCAACCUGCCCGCCGACAUCCAGGCGGCACAGGCGCUCAUGGUGAGCUCCUGCGCCGUGUCCUCCCUGGCCUGCCUGCUCUCUGUGGUGGGCAUGCGGUGCACCGUGUUCAGCCAGGGCUCGCCGGGCAAGGACCGCGUGGCGGUGGCGGGCGGCGCCGCCUUCGUGCUCGGGGGGCUGCUCUGCUUCAUCCCGCUGGCCUGGAACAUCCACGUGGUGCUGCGCGAUUUCCGCAACCCCGUGCUCCCCGACAGCAUGAAGUUCGAGCUCGGCGAGGCUCUUUACCUCGGCAUCAUCUCCUCCCUCCUCUCGCUCAUCGGCGGCUUCAUCCUCUGCGCCUCCUGCCCCGCCCGGGACGCGACCGCCGCCUACUCCAGCGGCUACCAGCCGCAGCUGCUGGCGAGCAAGAGCCCCCGGCCCUCCGUCAGCCCGGCGCAGAAGACCAAGAGUGAAGUCAAUUCCUACAACCUGACAGGAUACGUGUAGUGGCUGCCGGUGGGAGCCAGGCUGGCACCUCUCCCGGCUCCCCAGGGCUGGCACCGAGGGAACGCGGUAAGAGCAGAGGACACGGCGCUCAACCCUCUCCUGUGCUUGGGCGGGGGGUUGAUGCCGCUCUCUCCCUGGGAUUCUGAGAGCCCUGUGACUGCUUGGAGAUCCCAGCUGGUGGCUUACAUUGCCCCUGAAUCCAGCUCCUGCUCUUUACUCCGUGCUGCCAGCCCGCAGGCAGCCCCUGGCACGGCGGGACCCCCAGCCUGCAGCCCCAAUGAACCUACCUGGAAAGGGGAGUGGGCUUGUGGCCCCAGGAACCGGCUGCUGGCCAUGAGGCAUCACAGCAGGGUCAAGGGCAUGCGUGUGGGUCUGGAGUCACUGCUGGGGGGUUGAGCGCUGGCUGCAAACCGAUGUCGCAAUAAAUGUGUCUUUC